UCCAAAAGCGAGCCAUAUCCCAUUCACCGGUUUACCUGCCUUCACUUGAACCUGCGCCAAGUGGUAGUGUACAAAAACAACUUUCCGAUCUUCAACUUUCCUUUUUCGCCAAUUUUCCCGUCUACGUUCUUCCGGCCUGAUACCAUCACUAGAACAACUCAUCUACAGAUACCUCUUAGUAUCAACAGCAGAAAUGGCAGCGCCAAAAGACUCCAACCCCUCCCCAACAGUCGUCAUCAUCGGCGCCGGCCUCACCGGCCUUCUCACAGCUCAAGCCCUCAAAAAGCACGGCUUCCAAGUCUUCAUCUACGACUCGGAACCGCACCUCAACUUCCGCCCCCGUGACUGGACCAUCCUCCUGCACUGGGCCCUGCCCAUCUUCUCCUCGCUCCUUCCCUCCUCCAUCCUCUCCCAAUUUGACAAGGCUAUUUGCAACCCUCAUCUCAACUUUGACGAGUGGGCGGAGACGCUGCCUAUGUAUAAUGGCGAAACAGGCGAUAUGCUCUUCAAGAGCGCGGUACCGGGAAGCAGAAGGAUUACGAGGCGGGGACUUAGGGAGGUGUUGAGUGAGGGGUUGGACAUCGUCUGGGGGAGGAAGGUGACUAGACUGGAUACUGAGACAGAGCCGGAAAAGGUGAAAGUUACCUUGGAAGGAGAAGAAGGGGUGGAGGAGGAGGAGAUGUGGGCGGAUUAUGUCCUCGGCACAGACGGGGCGGGGAGUAAAGUUCGGGAGAUCCUAUUUGCGGAUCAAGAAAAUGGAGAAGAGAAGGCGAAAGUGAAGAGGAGCGGGUUCAUGAUUGGUACUUGUAUCGUUGACUACCAAGAUGAGGAGAUGGUGCAGAAGGUGCUGGAGAAGCAUCCGGUUUUCGCUAUGGCUAUGAGUCGAGGGGCUGUUGGGGGGUUUGGAGUCCAGUACACCAACGAAAUCGCCCCCGGUAACAUCCAGCACACAGUCUUCUGGUCCAAAAUCUGGAAAGGCUGUUUCUCCACCACGCCCGACAUCCCACGCAAGGGUCCCGAAGCCGUCCGCUACCUCAAACAAUCCUGGCAAGGCCUCUCACCCGAUUUCCAAGUCGUCGUCGACUCCACGCCCGAAGACGACACUCACACCAAGGCUUUUGUCGACGAGAUGGGCACCUGGAUUGCCCAGCCGUUUGGUAAUAGGGACGGGAGGGUGACGCUGGCGGGGGAUGCGGGACAUCCCAUGCUGAUUUUGAGAGGGCAGGGGUUUCAGCAUGCUGUUACUGAUGUGCACAACUAUGUGCAGGCUCUGCUGGCGAUCAGAGACAGUGGAGCGGAUAGGAAAGAAGUGUUUGCGGCGUACGACAAAGAUAUGGUGGAAAGAGGUUCGAAGGCAGCGCUACAGGCGCUGGAAGAGGCCGAGUUGGCGAUGGAUGCGACGAAUGUGGAGAAGAUGUUGAUGGUUAGGAAGGGGCAUGGGAGGAGUGUUUGAGCCUCCUGGACUCUCCCUGGGUUGAAGCCGAGGUUUGGUGGUCGUGACGGGACAUGACUGGAUUCGAAUUGUUAAUGGCUCGCAAGGUAUGGGUGAGAUAUGGACAUGGCAUA